UUCAAUUUUUCACUUCAUUUUCAUUCAAUGUCAAUCGCUUCUGAUAACCUAACAUUUUUCAGUUUUAAAUUAUUAAAAUUGUAAAUUGAAAGCCAAAACAUCUGUUAUUUAUUAAGUUAGUUAACUGUUGAAGCAGAUAAAAGAACCAGGUGACAAUGUCUGAGCAGCAGGUAGCAUCAGCCCCGGCGUCGGCAGCCGCCUCCGCGACCAGCGUCGCCGAGGAGCAGCGCUCUGGCAGCGGAGGCACUGGUGCAGGUAGUGGAGGCAGUGCCGUAGGAUCAGCAGUCUCCGAGGAGAAGCUAUACGGUGGCUGCGAAGGUCCCAACGCUAUGUAUGUAAAGCUGAUCUCCUCCGAUGGCCACGAGUUCAUUGUGAAGAGAGAACAUGCCCUCACUUCGGGUACUAUCAAGGCCAUGCUGAGUGGGCCCGGACAGUUUGCUGAGAAUGAAGCCAAUGAGGUCAACUUUAGGGAGAUUCCGUCCCAUGUACUCCAAAAAGUAUGCAUGUACUUUACAUACAAAGUGCGCUACACGAACUCCUCGACUGAAAUUCCCGAGUUCCCCAUCGCCCCUGAGAUUGCGCUGGAGUUGCUAAUGGCCGCCAACUUCCUCGAUUGUUAAGAGUACCAUACUGUACGGAUAGAUGGCGCUAGGUGAACGAGUUACGAAAGAGGAUGGUUUAAAGAGUUUGUAACUUUGAUAAGGAUUGGUCUCGAAGUAUGAAUGAUAUAUGAUAUAUUGCUGUAUCAUAGUUGAACUUGAAUUAUACAAUGUUAUUACGCGGUUUUUUCACAGUUUUAUUCAACCUAAUCUUUGUCUCACUAGCGCCUUUGUGAUCGACAAUACACGGUCACAGUAAUUUUCACACAUUUUCAAUUCAGUGUGGUAUUGUAAAAGUUAAUGCUGCAAUUUAUCUAAAGUGAAUUUAUUAUUUUUUGUGAAAAACUUAAUUCAGAGAAGUUCUUCAAGAAGGUCAAAAAAAUAUUUGGGGUGAUGAUAAAAAAAUAGUCAAUUAAGGAAGAGGUGGAAAAAGGUUCCAUAUGAACUUAUGGUGAAACUUAUUUCACAGUAGUAGGUACUAUCAGUGACAAAAGUUAAUUAUGAAAACAACCAUAACAUGAACAAUUCAUAUUAUUUCUGAUUUAAUUUAAAAGUCUGUUUUAAUUAACUUCUGUCCCUGAUAAUACCUAAAUAGUUCAUUACUAAAGAUACUUAUGCCCGUUUUCACGAACAAUUUCUUAACAUUUACCUAAGUGUCACUUAGAAUAAGGGCUCCCCCAAUAAUAAAUGUUAUAAGAGACACUUAAACGUUGGUGAAAACUAAAUUCGUAUUAAGUGUUCCCUAAAUGAUCUUAGGGAUCCCUAAAUUUAGGUAUUUAUUGGUGAAAAUGGGCAUUAGAAUACUUUGUUUUGGUAUUUUUUGGCAUACUUGAUGAUCUUGUUUUUAAAUAAAGAUGCAAUAUUAACAAAAGAUUUCCUAAAAUAACAUUUUAUUAAUAAAAAAAGAACUGGGAAUAGUAUAGGUAUGAUAGUAACUGUCUGAUUUUUUUUCUGAAAUACAGUAACCAGGGCUAGCAUGCAAACAUACUUAGUUAACAUGUUUAUUGCAAUUAGUUGAAAGUCUGACGUAUAUUUUGAAAUGUCACAUGUUUAAACAAUUGUAGUUAUUUUCAUAUUCACAUUUUAGUUUUCACUGUCUCUCUUAAGUGACAUUAUUGGUUUUAUCGAGUAGUUUUGAAUUAUGAUUGUAAUUUCAAGAACUGAAAAAGUGAUAUUUCGCAAAGUGUAGAGACUUCGUUAAUUUUCGUUACACUCGUAAUUCAAAACAGUAUUUUGGGGCACCGCAUUUCAUGUAAGCAGUUGUGAAAGUUUUUUGUCGCCAAAUUUUAUGGCGGUUCGUAGCUAACUUCAGAGAAGAGUUACGCGUAAUUGUGAAACCUAAAAAUAGUUUCUGCACUGCAACUCGCGCGAUGGUCUGUGCUACUAUGCCGUAUAGUGUUAUUUUACAUUGUAAUAUAAUAAAGCCGGGUUUUAUAAAAGAGCUUGGUAGAAAAAAAUAGUAAGGAACUUAAGGAUUGGUCUCAUUAUUUUGUUUCUUCUUUCCAAGCUUGUGAAUAAAUGUUGCCACACAAAAAUAUUUUCCAUAGACACUGUAGUGUUAUUAUUGCUUACUAAUCAUUUAGGUCAAAUUAGUAAAUUUUAUAAAUAUGUUUUGUAUGUAAAUGUUCCUUUCUUGCGUGUAUAAACUGAGAUGCUAAGAUUUCAUUAUUUAUUUUGUCAGUGUCACUUAACGUUAACCAAAUCGCAAUGUUUUGCUUUUUAUUUUGUUAAUAAACCGUAAAUUCUUA